UGGAGGUCUUAACAUCAAAGCAAGGAACCCACAAAAAGUUCUAAAUCUACACUCUUCCUCCUUCCAAUUUUCCCCAUAUUUAAAAACUUCCCCCAAAAUCCCAAACACACCAUACCUCAAAAUUAACUAUCACAAAAGUUGACUUCUUUUUCUUCAUCUUCUUUGCUCUCCCAUUUUUCCAAUCUUAUGUCCAUACAUAAAAAAACCCUGUUGAUAAAAAAUGGGCACCAAAAGAUUCAUAUUAACACUCAUUAUAACAUCAAUCAUAUUCUCUCUUGUUUACAUAUCAACAAAAUUAACAAAUCCCACAAAAUUUAGUACCAAUAAUAAUAAACACUUCAAAUUACUGAAAUCUCCAAACACCACAAAAAAUAACUACCCUGUAACAUUUGCAUAUUUGAUCUCAGCAUCAAGUAAUGAUGUACCCAAGUUAAAGCGCAUAUUACUUGCACUUUAUCAUCCUGGGAAUUACUACUUGAUUCACUUAGAUUAUAGUGCACCAAAAUCACAACAUUUAGAAAUUGCUGAUUUUGUGUCAAAUAUUGAUGUUUUUGAUCAAGUUGGAAAUGUUUGGAUUGUGGGAAAUCCUAAUCUUGUUACUUAUAGAGGUCCUACAAUGCUUGCUGCUACAUUACAUGCCAUGUCUAUGCUCUUAAGAACUUGCAACUGGGAUUGGUUUAUUAAUCUUAGUGCUUCUGAUUAUCCAUUGGUUACUCAAGAUGAUUUAAUUCAUGCGUUUUCUGACGUACCUAGAGAUCUUAAUUUUGUACAGCAUUCAAGUCGUCUGGGUUGGAAAUUGAAUAAAAGAGGGAAGCCAAUAAUAAUUGACCCAGCACUAUACAGUCGAAAUAAAUCAGAGAUCUGGUGGGCUAUUAAGCAAAGGGGUCUUCCAAAUUCUUUCAAGUUGUACACAGGUUCUGCUUGGAUGAUAUUAUCAAGGUCUUUUGCAGAGUAUUGUAUAGUAGGAUGGGAAAAUCUUCCAAGAACACUACUACUCUACUACACCAAUUUUGUUUCUUCCCCAGAAGGCUAUUUCCAAACACUCAUAUGCAACUCUGAAGAUUACAAGAACACUACAAUUAAUCAUGAUUUACACCUUAUAUCUUGGGAUAAUCCUCCUAGACAGCAUCCGAGAUCUCUUGGUCUCAAAGAUUACCGUAAAAUGAUCCUUAGCAACCGACCAUUUGCUAGGAAGUUCAAGAAAAAUGAUCGUGUUCUUGACAAAAUCGACAGAGAACUUCUUAAGAGGAGUAAGUGGAGUGGUAGAUUUAGCUAUGGUGGGUGGUGUGGCGGUAGCGGUAGCGACGAACAAGAAGGCAGGUGUUCGGAGUUAGAGGCUGAGAAUUAUGGUGUUUUGAAGCCUGGUGCAGGUUCAAGAAGAAUGAAAACUUUGCUAACAAAAUUGGUUUCUACUAGGAACUCUAAUAAUAAUCGUUGGUGUAGAUGAGCCAACUACCACUACAUUUUUGUUGUUGUGAAUUCAAUUGGUGAGUUACAAUAAAAACUCUCAUAUAGUCAUAUGUAUGAGAAGGAAAGAAAUAGUAAAUGAUGCCAUGACUGUUUGCUAUAUAGAUCAGGGAACUAUACUUUUAUUGAUGUUUGCAAUAUAGAUUAGGGGCAGUGCUUUCAUAUUUUUUUGUUCUUUCUGAUUUCAUGAAAAAUUCACAUUGUGAAUAUUGAAUCUGAGGUUUUGGGUGUCUUCUCAUAUUAAUUCAAUGUUUAGAUUCAGUGAAACUUAUAAAUUGGAGUGAUUUCCAUUGAUCAACAUUUAUAUGUAAUAAUAGUCUUGAUUGUGUUAGGGAA